AUGUCGUUUCACGUACCUUACGAGUCCAGUCCACCUGAGACUCCAGAGAAAGAUCGAUCUCGCAGUCUCUGGAGCAAUAUAUCUACCACUCCUGCCGGCCCUCCGCCAUCCAGUGCAGGCUCAUUCAUACCGCAUUCUACAUCAAACAUCAAUGGCGGCUCACGCAUCAACUCCUUCUCCACAAACGAUAGCGCAUUCUCCACAAAUCAGAAUUCCUUUUCGAGGAACGAAUUCUCCAACUCAGUCUUCACCAAAUCCGGUAACAUCAAUACAAAUGACAGCAUCUUUGGCUCAUCCUUUGGAUCGAUGGAUUUUGCCAUGCCCAAGCAGACUAAAGCUCCUUCCACUAAACCUACAGCUAAAUCUAGUCUUCGCUUCGGUGUGCCAAAUGGAGGUGGGUUUGGGGAUUCGAUGGAUUUCGGACAGUCCAAUGGGUUUGCGUCGUCGCAAAUGAGCGAUUUCAACGAAGAGCAGGAAACCGAGUUAGAACCGGAGGAAGAGGAGGUGCAAACCGAAGAGGAAACGGACAUGAGCAGCCAGGAUCGACCCAAGAGUUUCAACUUCUUAGACUCGGCUUUCGGAAAUCCUUUCGGGUCCCAGCCCUCCAUGGGUGCACAGCGCAAACCGAUCUAUUCGAAUCCAAACGAUGCCAAGCGACCUAAGCUUGACGAGCACUGGAAGCAGCAGUCACCCAUUCGCAAGACCAACCUGGCCCCUAAGAAGCCGUCUGCGAUGCCAUCCAUUCUUCAUAACCUUGCUGCCAGAUCCCGCAUUGCCCUUGUUAAAGAGCCAAGUGAGAUGAUUCUCAAAACGGAGGAUGCUCUUGGGAAUCUCUCCGACGAGCUCAAAGCCGCGGAAUUCAAACAUGUCGAUUUCGAUGCUGUACUGGCUAAGGUAUCAAAGGAAUUGGCAGACAGUUGGCAAGCUUGCGCCGAUGAAAGUGGCGUUGACCGACCCUAUGGUGCCCACACUGGUAUUGGGCCCGGAGAGCAGGCUCCUGAUCUUGCGAAAGCUACCUUCUUGGCUUCCUUGCUGCUGGAACUUCAUCAUCCUCCUCGUGAAGCAGCCUCGACAGCCAACAUUAAUCCCAUGCGCACAGGGGCCGCUGGUAUGGUAAAGGCGAUGACGAGACUCCCCGCUCCCAAGCCUCUGCCCCAAGUUUUGCUUGACUGGCUCAGUGGAAAUCACGCUUCGCAGACCAAGGAUCUCCAAGCAUUGAAAUAUGUGGAACCGAACCCCACCGCAUCUUCAAACUUCUGGGAUAUCAUCAUUGCUUCUGUGCUGCGUGGUCGUCUGACGGAUGCCGCCGAUGUUCUCCGCUCCGCAGACUUCAACUACGCCCGAUCAGCAAUGGAGGAUGGACUCCCACAGCCUGGGUAUCGCGGUGCACAGCUACAGAACAUCCAGCGCUGCGUCAACAAGGCUCUUCAAAUUCUUGAAUCAUGCCCUGGAGACUGGGAGAUCACCGGCCUUGAUUGGUCUCAGUACCGUAAACGAGUUCUUUCGGCCGUGACUGAUCUGGAGGAAUUCGCCGAGGGAGAGGAGAGGGAUGAGUCGAUUGUCCCGCUUCCAGAAAAUCGCUUCCAGGCUGUCAACUUUGGAUUGUCCACUUUCGGCCCAACCACUGCUAACAAGAACCCAAUUUCAUUCGCGCAAUCCGCUCGCAUGGCAGAAAGCCGUGUCCCAUGGUCAAUUUACCAGAGCUUAAGGUCAAUCUACCGAAUUCUUCUGGGCGACCCAUCUGCCAUCAAGGGCAAGUCUCAAGACUGGGUGGAGGCGACCAUUGCAUUGACGGCAUGGUGGGAUGGUGAGGAUGACACUGGUUCUACCAUGGACUUUGGCGCCACCUCAUCCAGCGACAACUUCCAAGAUUUCUUGCGCUCGCGCGGUCCAAGGAACCACGUUCGCGCUGUUGAUCGCAAUAUGCGUGGCGCCUACCUCGACCGCCUCGAACUAGCCCUGAGCCAUACCACCACCGAUGGGUCUGAUAACGCUGAUUUCAGACCCAAUACUCUUAGCAGCAUGGAGGUCGGUCUCGCGUCUGUCUUCGAAGGCAACGUGCAAGGCGUAUUGGAAUUAGUGCAAUCAUGGUCACUUUGCGUGGCUGCCGCUGUCGCAGAAGUUGCCAGCCUAGGAGGUUGGUUUGAGUCCGGAAGCAGUCAAAAGACCCUACCUGGUUUGUCAGAGAAUGAUCUCAUGGUCCUUUCGUACGGGCAAGAUAACAAGUCCCCGGCCCGCCAUUUACACAAGGAUGAUAUUCUCCAGAAUUACGCACUCGGCCUAUAUGACCGACCCGUUAUCGAGAACGAGCACAGCUCUCGUGAAGGCUGGGAGCUGGCUAUUGAGGUCCUGAGCCGGUUCGACGACGCGAUUAAGAUGAAGAAGGCUGUGACCGAGAUUGUGGAUAAGCUUCCUUUGGAAAGCCCUGAGCAGUUGGAUAAACUAGUGGUCCUUUGUUCAGAACUUGAGCUGGAGGACCAAGGGCGUCGAGUAUCUGAGCGAUUCGGCGACAUGUUGACCUCGAAAUCCGAAAACUUUGGCUUGGCCCUCGUCUGCUAUGCUCGUGCCCAGAACCGACGCAAGGUCAAGUCAGUUGUCGACCUCUUGAUUUCCUACAGUUUGGUACAAUCACGAGCGUACCCUGCGACGGCUGAUCUCGAUGAACAGCUGCGCUCUUUGAUGAAGGAACCCAAAGCAUGCCUGUCUUCCAUUGCACAAGUCGACGAAGAAGCUGCUCGAAUUCUUCAGUUCUAUCUCAGUGGUUACGCGACUCUGCGCCGAUUCUACGAGAUUCGCGACGAGGAAAUUGAACUGCAAGAGGGCCAGCAGCCACGGUACAAGCCGUUGGCUCGGCGACGCGCCGCUGCGCAAGCUCUUGCGGCUGUCAUUGGGAGUGCGGCGGAUAAUAUCUACGGAGGUCUCUACGACCCAGAUCGUGAUUCCGCUGUGCAGGUGGAUGGACUACUGGCUCUGCUGGGUGAAGCCUGUGUGUUUGUCAACCAACCCACUCCAGUCCUCACCGUCUCCCAACAGUUCACCAUCUUAUCCGCCAUCGAGGACUUGGAAACCGUCACCCCACGUGUGUAUGCACAGUGCGAGGAAUGUUUCCGCUCCACCCUUCUAGAAUCCCAAUCAUCCACCGGGGGAUCCGACGGGCUUCCCUCCCCCCGCUCGCUAUUGAAGAAAUCCGUGUCCAAUUUCUCCUCCAGCUUCGCGUUCAUCGGCAACGACAUGCUUGAGUCAGCGCGCACCCGCUCCCGGUCUGGAUCCGGCCCUACCUCUGCAGGCAGCUCAGGCGUCCUGGUGCCUGCUCCCGGUGACAAAGCCAGCGCCGAUCGAGGAUGGGAUUGGCGAGUCGGACUUCCCGAGACUGCCAAGGGCGAGGAUAUCCUACGGAUGCUUCGACUGGGAUUGGCACGUGGAUUGAGUCAGGGGGCAAUGGGAUCGAUCUGA